AAAAUAUUGCUGAUUGUAAAAAAAUUGUACAACAUAAUUCAAACGUUUACGUUUUCAGCCACUUUUCAAUGCUUUAUCUUACGCUCCGCCUGUAGUUAACAAACUCCUCCUCAUUUUUCAAACGCUUCGACAGAACGACCUUGAACAUUCCAGACGGUUUAGUCAUCAACGGAAUACUGCAAAAAUACUGCAACAACAAUUAAUUAGAUUGUUUACAUAAUUUUUUUUAUGAAAAGAAGUUAUUUUCUGCUUAUUGUAUCUUUCCACCAUUGUUUUGAUGCCAAGGCCAAUCACCGUAUACAGCCCGGGUAGCAAUAUCAACAUACCUUCUCGUUCUGUCUUAUGAACAAUUAAACCUGCCAAAGCGAGAAAGCAUGUUGGUUUGGCUGGUCGGGAGUAAACACAAUAUUAUCACUCACACUAUUGCACAAAUGUCGCUUGAUGUUUAUUUUACAUGGUCUGAUCGUGUGGCGUGAUCUAUGCUGCAAGUGAUGCUUCGUGUUAGUCGCGUUGAAUGUCUUCUAAGUGCAGUACAUGCUUUUGUUUUUUUUUCUCUUCGUAUUUUGCUUCAUAUUUCUUAUGUGUCUUUGGCAGUACGUGUGCAACACGUGAUUUUCCUACAACGAUGAGUAACAGCGUACCGAACAACAACGAUAUCGACUCGAAGUAUCUUUAUGUGUUGGAUGAAGUGGAGCGCCUUCGCGUACACGUCAUGCGGUUGUACUCGUACUACCAGCACUGGGGCAUCUACAACUCCUCGAUGCUAUACUUACGGCAACACUCUUGGGCGUUUAUGCGUACCAAUAUCAAGUACGUCACGGAAACAUGGGCAAAGUUAAACACGCUGAUCGAUUCAGAUGAUCCACCGGAGCUAAGGGCGCUUUUGAACAACCUGGAAGAUCUACGAUUCAUCUGGCAUUCGACCAAAACAUUCCUGGAGUGUGUUCUUCAACGAUCGGAGCUUUUGUAUAGAUUGAAACUCGUUGCUUGAAUCGAUAAUAAAUGUGUUUAUUUUACAUUUUUUAAAGACUGUCGUACAUCUUUGCUUUUCACAUCUUUGCGUUACUGUUUAAAGACGCCAUUUUAGUUUGAUCAACAAUUUAUUUGAAUGGUUGUACAUUUGUAUGUGUGUGUAUUCAUGUGCUCUCUGUUGAAAAACGGUUAAACCACUCACAGUCGUUUCCCACUCCAAAGUCGCUUUUCCCAAUACCGUUGCACAUAGCAACAAAAAUGCAUCACACACACACAACCACGACCCCUUUGUAUGACGAGUUUUUAUUUAUUUCGUUUAUAUAUAGGGACUUUGAGUCUCUAAAACUACGACGAGUUCAAUUCGUUCCAGUGAUUCUCACAUCUUGCCCCCACUUCCUUUCUUCUCUUAUUACAAUCAUCAUUUUUAUGACUGGCAACUGAAAUUGCACCUAAUAGAUACUGUUAAACAAAUAUAAAUCAUUUUUCAUGAUGAUUCAAGAAACAAUUU